UGGGGGACUCUGGGCAGGAAGCUGGCUGAGCCCCAAGACCCCGGGGGCCAUGGGCGGGGAGCUGGUGCCGGGCCUGGGGGCCCUGCGGCGGAGAAAGCAUCUGCUGGAGCAGGAGAGGAGUCUGGCAGGCUGGGCACUGGCACUGGCAGGAAUCGGCAUCGGACUCAUGGUCCUGCACGCGGAGAUGCUAUGGUUCGGGGGGUGCCUGUGGGCGAUCCACCUGUUCCUGGUUAAAUGCAUGAUCAGCGUCUCCACGUUCUCGCUCCUUUCCCUUAUUGUGGCCUUUCACGCCAAAGAGGUCCAGCUGUUCAUGACGGACAACGGGCUCCGGGACUGGCGCGUGGCGCUGACCGGGCGGCAGGCGGCGCAGAUCGUGCUGGAGCUGGCUGUGUGCGCGCUGCACCCGGCGCCGGUGUGGCGCCCGCCGUGCGCGCAGAUCUCGGGGUCCCCGCAGACGGCGGUCACGCAGUCCUGGCCGAGCUUCCUGGGCCAGGCGGAGGCGCUGCUGUCGCUGGCCAUGCUGCUGCGCCUGUACCUGGUGCCCCGCGCCCUGCUCCUGCGCAGCGGCGUCCUGCUCAACGCCUCCUACCGCAGCAUCGGCGCGCUCAACCAGGUCCGCUUCCGCCACUGGUUCGUGGCCAAGCUGUACAUGAACACGCACCCCGGCCGCCUGCUGCUCUGCCUCACGCUUGGCCUCUGGCUCACCACCGCCUGGGUGCUGUCGGUGGCCGAGAGACAGACCGUUAAUGCCACCGGGCACCUUUCAGACACACUGUGGCUCAUCCCCAUCACAUUCCUGACCAUCGGCUACGGGGACGUGGUGCCGGGUACCACAUGGGGCAAGAUUGUCUGCCUCUGCACUGGGGUCAUGGGGGUCUGCUGCACAGCCCUGCUGGUGGCCGUGGUGGCCCGGAAGCUGGAGUUUAAUAAGGCAGAGAAGCACGUGCACAACUUCAUGAUGGAUAUUCAGUAUACCAAAGAGAUGAAGGAGUCGGCCGCCCGAGUGCUGCAAGAGUCCUGGAUGUUCUACAAACAUACACGCAGGAAGGACUCUGGAGGCGCCCGCAGGCACCAGCGCAGGCUGCUGGCCGCCAUCAACAGUUUCCGCCAGGUGCGGCUGAAACACAGAAAGCUCCGGGAAAAAGUGAACUCUAUGGUGGACAUCUCCAAGGACCCAGCCAGGAAGAACCAGGCUACUUUCCCCAGGAUUGAGGUCAAGGACAUUCUCUCUGCUACUCCUAACCCAGCCCCAUGCAUAAAGCCAGUUAAGCGUAAGGACCCAGGGGGGCCACACCUUGGGGUGGGUUGACUCCCUGAUGGCUGCUGGCGGGGACACUAGCUGAAGGAGGGAGGCCGUGGCCCAUCCCCACCGAGGCCCCAAACGGGAAAAUGGUCACCCCUGUCCCACAUACCCUGUGCCUGGGGACUGGGACUCCUGAAUCCCAGAGGAGGAGGGGAGUGGGGGCCCAGAGUCCAAGAUCCUGGACUGCAUCAGUUACCCGCUGACCAGCACAGAUGAAGGAACGAGGCCCGAGGCAGAAGGCAGAGCCCCCUGGCGGGAGAUCGAGGAGGACGCCAAUUCUCCAGAGCUGCAGAGAAUUAUCUGGUGGGGGAGAAGGUGGGACCUGG